CAACUCAACAGCUCGGCCGAGACAGAAUCCGGGUAUCCCAUCUCAAUCCUCACCCCUUAUUCCAUAUGCUGUGACUUACUCAUCAAAAUGGAUUAUGCGGAACUAUUAACAGUCCACCACUUAGUUUUAUCACUUUCUGUUUCAGUGGGGAUAUGGAUGAUAUAUCAACUACUCAAUACACUAUACAACUUGUCACCGCUUCAUCCCCUAAGCCAUAUUCCGGGGCCUUGGCUCUCAAGAGGAACAUACCUGCCCGAGUUCUACUACGAUCUGAUGAAGUAUGGCCGAUAUACGAAACGGAUCCAGAAGAUGCAUGAAAAAUACGGACCUAUCGUUCGUAUUAGUCCCGACGAGGUGCACUGCAGUGAUAUAAACUUCGUCGACGAGAUCUACGCUGUUGGCAAUCGUAAGCGGAACAAGCCCUUGCAUCUUAUCAGUGGCUCGGCACAUACUGAGUCGGGGUUUGGCACAAUGGAUCAUGCCUUGCACAAACUACGCCGAGGACCCGUGGCCAAAUUCUUCGCUCGGGGGAUGAUUUCACGGCUGGAAGAUGAUAUCCAUAAGCUGUCGCAAGUCCUCUGUGACAAGAUAUUAAAAUCUGGAGAUAGCCCAAUCGACGUUGUUGUGGCUUAUAGUUGCUUCGCUUCAGACACGAUCUCAUCUUAUUGCUUUGGCGAAAGCUUCGGCUUUCUGGACCAGGAGGGGUGGUACCCUAACUUCCACGUCCCCGAAAUCGCCAUACUUAAGCCUGCAUUCGCCCUUCGAUUUUUCCCCGUUCUCAGACAUCUGUUCAGUCUCGGUGAUUAUUUCAUGGACUACCUUCCCGCUGACUUCGCGCUCCUCAUCCGAACGCUCAGAGUCGACGUGCCAAAGCAGGUCAAGAGCGUGCAGGCUGAACUCGAUUCGGGCGUAGUGAGAGAUCGACCUACUAUAUUCAGUUCCUUGUUAGAAUUACCACGUGAGCAGAAGGAAGCAUUGGUUCUAGGUGACGAAGCGGCGGCCCUUCUUGGCGCAGGGACGAUUACUGCGAGCUGGACUCUUUCUGUCAUCACAUACGUAUUGCUCACGAAGCCUGAGAUGCUGGCAAAAUUGACAAAGGAACUUGAAGAUGCCAUCGAUGAUCCCCGACAUCUGCCAAAUUGGAAUGUUCUUGAGACUCUGCCUUAUCUUGAUGGAGUUAUUCAAGAGGGGCUACGCCUCUCUUAUGGUGUUUCAGCCCGUUCACCACGCGUCGCAACUGAAGAGAACCUAGUAUACCGUGGAGAAUGGAACAAGAAGCCCGUUGAAUAUGUUAUUCCCAAAGGUUAUGCUAUCGGCAUGUCAUGUGUCAUAUCUCACCACAAUGAAGACAUCUUCCCCGACUCUUACUCAUUCAAACCGGAACGUUGGUUGGAUGCCGAGAACAGAAAACAGCUUGACCGUGGCAUGUUCGCAUUCUCUAAGGGGAGUCGUUCUUGCCUAGGAAUGAACCUUGCGCUAUGUGAGAUAUAUGUAGCUCUGGCUGCGCUCACCUUACGUGUCUUUCCACGAGCGCGCCUUUUCGAGACAACAGAGGAUGACAUACUUUACGACCACGACAUGUUCGUACCUAUGCCCAAGGCUGGAAGCAAAGGGGUACGCAUAGCCGUCGCAGCUAACUAGGCGAUCGUUUAAUAUAUUUUGCGUAUAUAUCAUGUACGUUAUUUUGAACGGGAUACAUAAGAUGAAAGG